UCCUCUUAGUGUUCCGUAGGGAUAGUUAUUGUAGCUGUACUUAGUAAGCGUCGGAUGUUUUGAAACUGCUGACGAGUGUUUGGAUGUUAUAUGUGUUUGUAAAAAAUAAAAAAGGAAAGAAAAGAGGAAAAACAUGGAUAAAAAGUCCGUACCAGCGCCGUCAGAGGAAGAGAUUGACUGGGGAGGAAGUGGAGCAGGAGGGAGCAAAAAUUUACAAAAGGACAAAACUUUAUUGAAGAAUGUGCACACUGGUCUUCCUAAUCCACCUUCGGGUGCUAUAAAAUGUUCUCUAAUAAAAGGAGACUAUCUCUACUUCCACUAUGGAUGCGAUGGACAGGAUGACAGAGGCUGGGGAUGUGGCUACAGGACCGUUCAAACGCUGUCUUCGUGGAUUUGUCAUAACUGCUCUCCGCCUGAGAACCACUGCAGGCCGGUACCAAGCCUCCCCGAAAUCCAGCACGCGUUGGUAACAAUGGGGGACAAAACCGACUCCUUUUCAGGCUCCAGGGAGUGGAUAGGAACAUUUGAAUGCUCUCUAGUCCUCGACCAUUUCUACGAUGUUCCCUGCAAAGUGGUGCAUGUCAGAGGCGGAGGGCCCGAGCUGGAGCAUGUCGCAGUGGCUGAGCUCCAUCAGCACUUUGAGAAGCACAACUCUCCAGUGAUGAUGGGAGGAGACAGAGACAACUCCUCAAAGGGGGCAUUGGGGGUGUGGACCGGGGAUAAGGGGAGCUAUUUGCUGGUUCUCGACCCGCAUUACUAUGGAUGUGAGCUGGACAGGACAGAGCUGCAGAGGAGAGGGUGGGUGGCAUGGAAAAGAGUAUCAUCUCUGGAUCAGUCUUCAUUUUAUAAUCUAUGUAUGCCACAGACUGCAAGACUGCUAAAUGUGUUUUAGACAUUCAGUAUGGUUGUUUCAAAAUGAGCUGCAGUGCCAUCCUGUGGUUAAACUCAUUAAAGCUCUUGAAGAGCAGCAGUACCAAUCGAAUAUGUUGGUUUUUGUUUUUUUAUUAGAAAUGUGAGGAUCAGUUAACUUCUUAAACAGUGUGUUUGGCUUCUCAAAUGUCUUCAUUUUGUGUUUUUGUGAAAAAUAUUUUUCAGUAUUCUACAGGCCUACAUAGACCCUUGACAGCUGCUCACUUUUAUUUCACAUUUUGUGCUCAAGAUCAUUUA